GUGUCCUACUAUAUCCCAGGAUUCAUUGCGGGCCACCUGCCGCAUAAAUUCCGAACCAGUAGAAUGAUUUUUGAGCGGAACAAUGGCGGGCGAACCAGGCGUGACAGUGGGAGAGGAAUCCACAUUCAAAUGGAACAAAGAGCAAACAACACUCCUCAUCCGAUUACGAGGGGAAAACGACCACCUCUUCACUGGGGUGAAGAAUUCUGCCACUGUGGCAUGGAGGACUAUACUGGAGAAGAUGGGCUUGCAGGGGACAGUCACCCCCUCGCAGGCAAGGAAAAAGUGGGAUAUCCUCAAGACAAAAUACAAAGAGUGCAAGUAUCCAGGGUCAGGAGAGGGUGUAAGUGGUAAGCCCACUGCUGCCACCUGGCCCUGGUUUGCCCUCAUGGACGAGGUAAUAGGACAGAGGCCGUCCAUCAGGCCCCCUGUCCUACUGUCCACGCUCCGUGAGGACACUCCAGGGCCAAGUUCAGCAGUGGGUGACCGAAACGGAGCAGAGUCUGACACUGAUGAGGGGGAAAGUCAGCCGACCACAUCAGCAAGGAAGAGGAAACGGGAUCGGGAUGACGAGCUGCUCCACCUCAUCAGGGAGGGCAUGCAGCAACAAAGGGAGGCGGAGGAGAGAAGGGCGCAGGAGAGCAGGGAGCGAAUGGACAGACUCUUCUCAAUCCUGGAACGUCUGAUCCCAAAAUGAGUGCUGUGCCCCUCUAAUUUCCUU